UUGUCAAUCAAAUUCUCUGGCAAGCUUGAAACGUCACAGACGUUUGUGUGUGUUGAUAUGUCACCGCGCUAUGUAAAGGAACAAGUGGUAGUUACGACAGACAGAUCUGUCGCCUCUGACAGAAAGAAGAGACAAUGAGUUGGCUGAGGUAUGGAAGUUGGCGGGAGUUUGGUGACAGAACUUUCUGUCAUGGUAGUAGUAGCAACGAUUGGCGGGAAAACUUCAAAGUCGUCUGCAGUCGCGAAAACUCCGUACGUACUCAUGACCCGGUCCUCACUCCAACGAUUCUUCCAGCUUGUACAAACAACAUGCUGUCUUCACAACGUUUUGACAACAGUCUGCCGGGGGUAUGGGGACAACGGACACAGGUAGUCAGGAGUUCGUCUGUGCAGAAUAUGACAGAUGGGACACUUAGGGACGCGGUGACAGGGGUGCAUCAGAGGACAUCUGUCACCGUGGUAAAGUCAGGAGCACGGCCGUUCUGUUCUUCAAAUUGUCACAAAGAAGGACAGGAACUUCCCAGAGUAGAAACUUCUGAGAGGAAGAGAGAAAGAAUGGCUUCAGAACAGGAAGAGACGACUCAAAACUACAGGAGGAUACUUGUAAAAGCGCCGAAGGGUGAGGUCAAGGAGAUGGUAUUGCCCCGGGCACUGGACAUCGACCGGCCGAAGAGAGCCCGGACCGCCUUCACCGCUGACCAACUGAAGGACCUGGAAAGGGCCUUCCAGGGCAGCCAGUACGUGGUUGGUCAAGACAGGACAGAGCUGGCCAGGCAACUGCGACUUACGGAAACACAGGUCAAAGUGUGGUUCCAGAACCGGAGGACGAAAUACAAGCGUGAGAAGGCCCGGGAAGCCGAGAAGACACAAGCCAACUCCGAAACCCUCGCCGCCCUGAACAUUUGGAAACUCCUGCAAACGGCGCCGCCUAGCGACCCUCUAACCCCUGUGCAUACUCUCGCGAGAUCGUCGGAGGUGCGAGAUCUGGGAAGACGGGAACAACAACCUGUCAGUAACGUGUGCGUCUCGCGAAUUGAGGGGAAUUAUGUUCCUACGUACACAGAUGCAGGCUGGCAGCCUUCAGUACAUCAAGAUAUCCGUCCACGGCCAGCUAUUCCUUCAACGUGGCCAAAUUUCUCCCUGAUAUCGAAACAAAACUACGAUAAUGUCCAUUAAAGAUACUGCAUUUUUCGGUAGUACAUUUGUGAAAAAUAUUUUCCAUUAGAUAUCGGACAAUCUGUGAAACGUUUGUUUACAGAUACUAGUAGUUGGUUAUAUUGUUUUAUAAGCGCUAGCUGUUGGUUUAAUCUUUAGCAAUAGGAGUUCAAUUUCACCGUUUUA